AUGCCGUCGGCACUCUACGACCACCUCUACUCCCUCGCCUCGCAGCACGCCUCCGGGCGGGACCUGUUUGCCAUCCGGCACUCCUCUGCGAUACACAAAUGGGGCCACGCGCACGCGCUCUCGCAGCACCCUUCGCUGCGGCAUGAGCUGACAAACGAGGGGCUCGCCGCACACUUCAAGUCCACGGGCUCCUUGCUCAUCUCGUGCCCGGGCAAGGUGCACAGCAUCAUGGUCGACGAGCACCAGCGCCUCGCGACGAUCUGGAUGAGCUACUUCCUGACGACCAUCGCGGAGGAGGGCAAGGCCGAGGCGCACAGGGAGGUCGUGGAGAAUGACUUGAUCUGGACGCUCAAGUUUAGCGGCGAGCCCGAGGAGAGGCUGGAGGAGAUCAAGAUCGUCGAGAGCGUCGAGUUCAUUGAUCCCACGGCGAGCGGGAGGGCGAACGAGCUGUUGCGGAAAGCGGGCAUUGAGAUUAAGGCGGAUGUGGUUGGCGGUUUGGGUGUUGUGUUGCCGUCGACGUGA